UUAGAUAUCAAAAUUCAUUAUAAAUCAGAUCAGUUCUACUUUGGAUUUUGUGAUAUUAAGAAAUUAAAUAUUUUAAAAGUUUUUUAGAAAGACCUGCUGAUAAUUAAUUAGAUAAAAAUAAUUUAAAAAAGUUAAUUGUUGAUGGCAUCCUAAAAAUAUUAAUAAAGAAAAAAUAAUAAGAGGUAAUAGCUAAAUCUUGAAGUGUUUGAAUGCAAGCUUCUGUAAAAAAUAGAUUUAGAUAAGGAUAACAGCAUAGAUAACUCAAAUCAAGAUAAUUCAGAAUAAGCUUUAAAUAUAGGAUCAGCAUGGAGUGGUAUUAACAUAAGAAGCGACUAAAAACCCAUAUACUUUUAUGGAACGGAGCAUGGUUUUGCUGUGAGAUUAAGCAUACAGGAAACAUAAAGUGCUAGAAAAGAAUGUGAAAACUAAAAUAAUGUUUUUAAGAUAUUUGAUCAUGAAAUUGAAAAUAAAAAUAGGAGUGAAAAUGAAAAUUAAGUUGGCAAAGGUGAUGAAAAAAGUAGAAAUUUAAAUAUUUAAAUCCUAAAGCUUUAUGAUAGCAACUAUCCAUGCUUGUAAAUAGGAUAACUUAACAAUAAUAAUAUAGCAGUUAGUACUAGGUAAUAAGGAUUUUAUUAGCUGCACAUAAUUAAUCAAAACUUAGAAAGAAUAUUCCUUGUAGAAAACCCCUUUUCUGCAAUGUAGUUUGCAAAAUCUAAAAAUAAUACAAUUAUCUUCAAAGAAAAAAGUAGCUAGAGUUCGUUCCUUCGAUUUGGGAAAAUAGAAAAUAAUAAAUUUAAAUAUUAUGAUAGACAAAUACAUCUAGUUGAUUAAGUCACUUGUUUAUAUGUCUAUAAUGAUUUUUUAUUUAUUGGUUUAUACAAUAAGUAGCUAUCUGUGUACAGCAUUAAAAAUAGGAGAAUUAUAAAGAAUAUUGACACUUAAACAUAGUUCAAUAUAAAAAGGAUUAUUUAUAUCCCUAAAUAUAAAACGAUAGCUGUUGUUUCUACUUCAGAUGAACUGUCUUUCAUUGACUACAUAACUGGAAAAGUCACUUAGUUAUAUAAAAUCUCCAACAUUUUUAAAUAAGAGGAACUAGAUUGUUCAAGCAGAGUUUAAAUAUUUCUCUUCAAUUUUGUUAACCCUGAAGUUGUGUUAAUCGGCGGAUCAUUUCCCUAUUUGCUUUUCUUCGAAUGGCAGUCUGGAAAAGUUAUAAAAAAAUAUACAGACUAAUCUUAAUUUGUUGGCUCAUUCAUUCACAAUAAUCUUCUUUAUUUGACUCAUGAAAAAAAAAGCGAUAUUACAAUCUUGUAUUGA